GCUUCCAAGUAUUUUAGAAUGUCUCUACGAACAAAACAACAUUUUAACAAGGAACCAUCACGUGAUAAGGUCAUCUCAUUAAACAACGUAGCCAUGGAGUAUGCAAAGAGUGGAGACCACGACCAGGCACUAGAAAUGCUUGACGAGGCCUACACAAUGCAAUACAAACUUGGUCUGCAUCAUCACGAUACAUCCCUUAUACACAACAACAGAGGGAAAGUGUAUGCAAUGAAGGAGGAUUAUGAAAACUCGGAGAAUAGUUUCACUAUAGCAUUAGAUCUUCGGAAAAAAAUACUUGGUGAGGUGCACACAUCUACGGCCGGUACGCUACAUCAGUUAGGAGAAACACUAUUGAAGGCAGGGAAGUUUCUGCAAGCUUCAGACAGGUUUAAGGAAGCUUAUGUUGUCAGAAAGAAAGUCUUAGCACAGCAACCCCAAAAUAGAGGUGUUGCUGAAUCCUUGGAAAAUCUUUGGCAGGCUUAUGAGAAAUCUGGACAGAAAGAAAAUGCAAAGAAAACCCAUGAACUGUUAAGUCAAGAGAUAGGUCGAUUAUCGACAUUCAAGAAAUAAGUAGUAUUCCUACAUCUAGCACCCAGCGCUUGUGUCAAGCAGCUAUAGUGCUCACAUAUGUAUAUGCUGCAUUCUCCUUCCCUAGUGGUUGUUGGUUGCUGUUCUGCCCAUAAACUUGAUAAGUAUUGCAUUUUACUUGAAUUAGUGGCUUAAAGUUUUGUAUCGUGAUGUGUUUUUUAUUGUUAUUUUGAACACUUGUUUUUUAGGCCACCUGCCUAAUUUUCUCUUUCACCUCCUUUUGUCUUUCUUGGGGGAUUAUUGACUCUGUCUCCCUGUGUGCCUGUUCACUCUGGUUUACAGUUACCUGGCCUAGCUGGUCUAUUGUUCCUGGCAAUUGAUAUGGUAAUUAGCUUGUUCUCAAUCUGUGCUGGUUUCAUUCAUCCUUUCCUCACUGUCUUUUGUCUAUUUGAUUGACAUACUAAUGAACUUCCUUGUUAACUUUGUUUGUUUUAUUCAUGUUAGCCUAGGUUAUUACUUAUAUUACUUAACACCCCUGGCUACACUGCCUUUAACUCUUCCCACGUGAUUCUUACACUUCUGGUGGGGGGAUUUUUAUUCUGUCUAGGAACAAUCUCAAACUUCUGCCCUUCGAUUUACAAUCCCAAUUUAUGACUUUUGAGCAUGCCAUCAUCACUGAUGCCUCUCGACAAUCAUUCUUGGUCGUCAUUUAUCGUCCUCCUCCAUCUACGAGAAACCACUUCACUUCUUCACAGUUUGGGUGUGAAUUUGAAGAAUUCAUUGAACAGGUUAAUCUGCUACCUGGUAAGUUGUUUUUAGUUGGUGAUUUUAAUGUCCACUUUGACUGCCCAUAUAAAACACAUGUUGCUACUAUUAAUGCCCAACUUUCAUCGGCUGGUCUUGUUCAGCUUGUUACUGAAUCCACACAUGAUGCUGGACACAUUUUAGAUCCUCUUAUUGUCAGGUCGCCUGAUGUUCAAAUUGUCGAGCACUUUAUCCAUCGGAAUCAUCACUCUGACCAUUCUGUUUUUUGUGCUUAUUUGAUCUCACUAAGCCGGAAGGUGUUCCCUAAACCAUUUCUUAUCGCCCUUUAGGUAUGAUAGACCAUGAGAAGUUUGAGCUCGAUUUGACCUCUAAACUUUCACCCUUAUUGGCUGGUGAUGAUUUUGUGAAUGACAUGGCUAUUGGUUUUUCGUCUGCCUUAUCUGAAUGUCUCAAUCAAGUUGCACCAAUAAUGACCAGGAUUGUAAAAAAAACCACAGGAUCCUGCAUGGUAUAAUGAAGAGAUUGUUCAGGCACGUCGUUUUCGCCGACAGUGUGAGCGCAAAUUCAUGAAAGACAAUUCUGACACUAACCGUGACACUUUCUAUGCUGCUAGACGGUGUGUCAAAGCUGCUGUUCUUGACUCUAACGUCAUUCACUUCAGGAAUUUGUUAUCUGGUUGCACUGAUAUGAAGUCUUCAUUCAAUGCAUUGAAUUGUCUACUUAAUCGAAACAAAAAAUCACUGCCUGAUUUUGAUUGUCCUCAAGAUUUAGCUAAUAGGUUUGCCGACUC